UAUCUAUCUAUAUAUAUACACACACAAAUUCAUCAAAGGAACCAGUUUUAUGACUGAAAAUUGAUAGAGAAAAGAAACCCAGUUAGCUUUUAGCCUUUCAAACCCUUAUUAAUCACCUUUUUCACAAUUAUUUCAUCGUUGUUAUUCAAAUCUUGAGUUUCAGAGAUCCAUCGGCCAAGCAUCCAUCUUUUUCCAGUCUAUCUUGUCACCAGGGCUAAAUCUCUAUCGAUCAAGAUUAGGUGACAUUAAACAGCUUAAUGGAGGGGGUUAAUGGUCAUAGAAGAGGAAGGAGAAGAGAUCAUGUUGCUCAUUCUAAUGGUGAAGUGAGCAUAGUGGUUACUGAUGACGAACUCGACCCAUGGACGGCUUGGGCUUAUAAGCCUCGAACGAUCUCAUUGUUAUUCAUUGGUGCAUGUUUUCUUAUUUGGGUAAGUGGAGCUCUUGAUCCUGAAGGUAGUUCAUCAGCUGAUCUUGUUACAUCAGUCAAAAGGGGAAUAUGGGCAAUGAUUGCAGUUUUUUUGACUUAUUGUUUGUUGCAAGCUCCUUCUACGUUACUAAUUAGGCCACAUCCAGCAAUUUGGCGCCUUGUUCAUGGCUUGGCUGUUAUCUACCUUGUGGCUCUAACAUUUUUGCUUUUCCAGACUCGUGACAGUGCUAGGCAAUUCAUGAAGUAUCUCCACCCCGAUCUUGGCAUUGAACUUCCCGAGAGGUCAUAUGGCGCUGAUUGCCGUAUCUAUGUAGCUGAUAACCCAACCAACAGGUUUAUAAAUGUUUAUGAGACACUUUUUGAUGAAUUUGUUCCUGCUCACAUCUUCGGGUGGUGGGGAAAAGCAAUAAUGAUUCGUAAUCAACCCCUCUUGUGGGUCUUAUCAAUUGGAUUUGAGUUUAUGGAGCUAACUUUUCGUCAUAUGCUGCCGAAUUUCAAUGAGUGCUGGUGGGACAGCAUUAUUCUUGACAUAUUAAUCUGCAAUUGGUUUGGUAUUUGGGCAGGAAUGCAAACUGUUCGCUAUUUUGAUGGUAAAACAUACGAGUGGGUUGGAAUAAGCCGUCAACCAAAUAUAUAUAGCAAAGUAAAGCGAACAUUGGGCCAAUUUACGCCUGCACACUGGGAUAAAGACGAAUGGCACCCACUUCUUGGUCCAUGGCGGUUCAUCCAAGUUCUUAGUCUUUGCAUCAUCUUCUUAACCGUUGAAAUGAAUACCUUUUUCCUCAAGUUUUGCCUUUGGGUUCCUCCUCGAAACCCCAUCAUUGUCUAUAGAUUGGUCCUUUGGUGGCUGAUUGCGAUCCCUACAAUUCGAGAGUACAAUUCUUAUCUACAAGACCAGAAACCGGUGAAAAAGGUGGGAGCUUUUUGUUGGCUUUCAUUAGCCAUCUGCAUCAUUGAGCUACUCAUCUGUAUUAAAUUUGGACAUGGUUUAUUUCCAACUCCAAUGCCAACAUGGCUGGUAGUUUUUUGGACAACUGCCGGUUUAGUCCUUACUGUAUUCUUGAUCUUGUGGACAUGGCAGUCUCAGAGAACUUUAAAACGAAAGCGCGUAUGAAGUUCUAACAUAUUUGUGGGUUUUAGCCAUUCUUUGAUUCGUUGGUGUUAGGUUUUCUUUCUUUCCUUUUUUUUUUGUUUGUAAAUGCUAAUUAAUUGAAUUUUGUAAAUGCUUAUUAUUUGAGGAUGAAAUUAUCCUCGAUCUUUUUGCUUGGUUAAAAUAAACUAAAUCAUACCAGAAACGCCAAAAGCGCAUUAUUCUAGUGUGAAAUUAUUGUGCAUUGC